AUGGAAGCAGGUCGAUUCAAAACGGACAGUUGGAGCGGCGUAAGGAUACGUAGGAGGGAAUCGGAGCGAGAUGGCGUAGACGUGGUUCUCGUAGUAGGUCCCUUCGGCGCCUUCGAUUCGACCCUUCCAGUGCGUGAGGUCCGCGUCCGACACGGGGAAGGCGGAGAUGCCAGCGGGGCAGGCCAUCAUCAAGGACAUGAGCUCGGAGCUCAAUCUGUUUGGCGAAAGAAAGAGACGAUCGUCAGUGAGGAUCUUAGGUAGAACAUCUCGUUUGGGGAAAACUUUGGACGAGCGAGGAGGCGGUCUGGGGAAGCUCAGGAGCUCAUCCUCCCCCACUCGCGGGGCUCGACCCAUGUCGAACAGCUAUCUGGAUAAUCGUACAUACCUUUUUGUGACAUUUGCUGUCGAGUUGACCUCGGGACCUGCGCCAGCGACCUUGGAGCCUGCGGCAGAAGGCGCAGGAGCCGGGAAACCUUGCGAAGCCGUCGGGGAGGCAGUGGAGGCGGACAUGCUCGGUGGUAUGAUACACUUUGCACAAGAUCCUGGUCGUAUGUUCAGGCUGAUUGGAGGAACUCGACGGUAG